AUGAGGAAAUUAGAAAAUCAAACCACCACAACGGAAUUUCUCUUUCUUGGGUUUGGAGAUCUCCAGGAGUUCCACAUUUCCCUUUUUCUUAUCUUCCUAAUCGUCUACAUUUUCACCAAGGCAGGGAACAUCCUCAUAACUGUUCUCAUUCUGACUGACCAGCAUCUUCAUACUCCCAUGUACUUCUUUCUGGGGAAUUUGUCUUGUUUGGAGACCUUUUAUACCUCAGCCAUUUUGCCCCGAGUGCUGGCUAGUUUCUUGACUAGGAACAAGACAGUCCCUCUUCCUGGAUGCCUUUUGCAACUGUGGCUCGCUGCAUCCUUAGCUGCAACAGAAUGCCACUUCCUCUCAGCCAUGUCCUUCGAUCGUUACAUUGCAAUAUGUAAACCCCUGCAUUACUCCAUCAUUAUGAAUAAUAAACUUUGCCUCCUGCUGGUGGCUGCCUCUUGGGUUUGUGGUUUUGUGGAAAAUACAAUCUUAAUUAUUUUUGUUUCCAAGCUUAUUUUCUGUGGCCGCAAUGAAAUCGAUCAUUUCUUUUGUGAUUUCAUCCCUAUAAUUCAACUGUCCUGCACUGAUACCCAUAAAGUACAGCUUGUAUUAACUAUCCUGGCAUCUGUUUGCACAUUUCCCACAUUCGUAUUGACCAUCACCUCUCAUGUUUAUAUCAUUAGCACCAUCUUGCGAAUUCCUUCAACCAGUGGACGGAAAAAAGCCUUCUCCACCUGUUCCUCUCACCUUGUGGUUGUCUCAGUAUUCUACGGGACGAUCAUUAUUGUCUAUGUGUUACCCAAAACAGAAAUGUUAAAAGAACUGAAUAAAGUAUUCUCUGUUUUCUACACAGUCCUGACACCCCUAGUUAACCCUCUUAUAUACAGCCUGAGGAACACAGAGGUGAAGGAAGCCUGGAGAAGGGUUGUCAGCAAACAUAAUAUUAACCUACAAUGA